GGCGCCGCCUCCCUCUCCUCCGCGUCGGCCGGCCCCGCGGCGGUGGCGGCGGCGGCGCAGCCCCCAGACCGGUCCCCGCCUCCCGAGCCGCCGAGCGGGCGCUGUGGCGCAGCAGAAGGUCCGCGGCGUCCGCUCCGCGCGCCCCGCUCGCUUCACUCCUGCGCGGCUCCUGCGGGCGCUUGUUUAUGGCUCGAGCCUCCGCCGCUCCGGCGGCGCCCUCCCCCAUCCUACCUCAUCCCCCAGACCUCGCCCCCCCCCGCGCCGCGCGCCGCUCAUUGGCUGCCCCCCACCCCUCCCGGCCCGGCCGGCCCCCGCCCCCUCCCGCGCCCGCCCUCCCCGCGGCCGGGCCCUUCCUCCCUCACACGCCUCCGCCGCCUCCUCCCGGAGCCCGGCGCACCAGCCGGCCCUGCGGCCGAGCCUUCGCGCGCCUCCCUGGCCCGGGCUCCGCGGGCGAGCUGCGGCUCGGGCUCGGGCGCACCCGGCCAGCAGCGAGAGUCGGGCGUCCAUCGUGUCUGGCCCAGGAGCCCCGGGGGCAAGACGGCUGCACCGCCCGAGCCAGUUUUGAGUUCGCAGAGUGGCGGGGACCCCCGUAGCUCAGGGCCGAGGGAAUUGUUGCAGCCUUGUAGGGGGCACGCGUCGGAUCGAACCCCGGGAAAGGGAAGCAAAUGCAUGGAACCUCCCCAAACUGAAUGAGAAUCCAUCUUCCACUCGAGCUGUAGUAGACUUUGUAAAAGAUAAUAUGUAAUGGAGUCUCGAGAAGCUCGAGAUGCCUCCAGCGAAGCUGCUGGUGAAUUGUUUUAAACGGUCUAGGUUUUGCCGCUCUGCUGUCUUUGCCGAAGUGCUAUAUUACGGGAGGGGAAUGAAUGGAAAGUAACAGCUGAAUUUUUGUCCCUCCAGUAAGGCCCUGCACUGGAUUACUACAAGUCUUGACAUGACUAGACCCGUAUGUCUUGUGCAUCAUUAAUGUCAUCUGACAUUGCCCUUUUCUUUCCCAAGCUCACGGACAAAAGUGGGGGUUUUAGUUUUUUCAUUUGUGUAUGUAUUAAUAAAGAAAAUGUAUGGUGAACAUUCUUUGUGAUAAACCGGGUAAAUAAGCAACUGGAGUGAUGCAAAAUGUGUCAUGUGGAGAUUGUUUUUCUUCUGCUCUGUCACAAAAGGUUCUCCCAAUGAUUGACUCUGUAGUGGCCCAAAGGAUAUGUACCAGAGUAAAUAAAAUUACUGAAUUAACAAAAAGUGACUUGG